AAUGAACAAUGCUGUUAAAACAUUUUGCCCCACUAAGAACACACACACCUGUGUUCACCUACAACGCCAGUGAUUGUAAAGUUACGAUACAAGCAGUCAGUUUGUAACAACUAGCCGUCUAGUGACGUUUUCGUUAGUACUUUGAAACAUCAUUAGCUUCCAAUGUCCAUAAUUUCGGUCGCAAAUAAGUGAAGUGUGUGCGUGUUGUGGUGAUGUGUAGUUUUGCUUGUUUGUGAUAAAAUGACUGUUACAUACACGGGACAAGUUCCUAACGGAAGUACUUUCGGUUGUUUUUGGAAAGUACUAGGAAUAUGGAGAGGCAGUGUGUACAAAUUAGUGUGGCGGGAGCUAGUGGCCUAUUUAUUUCUAUACUAUUCCAUCAAUUUUUUAUAUAGGUUUGGGCUAAAUCAAGACCAAAAAAAAAUAUUUGAAAGGGUACAACUGUACUUUAGCCAACACACUGAGACAAUACCAAUGUCAUUUGUAUUAGGAUUCUAUGUAACAUUGGUAGUGAAGAGGUGGUGGGAACAAUAUAGACUGUUGCCGUGGCCUGAUACUCUUGCUCUGUUUUUGAAUGCGGGCAUUCCGGGUGCGGAUGAAAGACAAAGACUGAUGAGACGAAAUGUAGUUAGAUAUGCAGUUUUAGCCUAUGUGAUAACCCUCCAGAGGGUUUCGUUACGAGUGAGGAAACGGUUUCCAACUCAUCAACAUAUUGUGGAUUCCGGUCUCAUGUUGGAAAGUGAGAAGAAAAUCUUCGAGCUAAUGGACACCAAAACACCUAUGUCCAAGUACUGGAUGCCCUUGGUCUGGGCAACGAAUCUUAUCAUAAGGGCGAGGAAGGAAAAUUUGAUAAAUAGCGACCAAUUGGUCCAAACAAUUUUGAUGGAAUUAUCGGAAAUAAGACGACGUCUGGGCUCCUUGAUCGGUUAUGAUACGGUGUGUGUGCCCCUGGUUUACACACAGGUCGUUUCCUUAGCAUUAUAUCUCUACUUCAUAGCGGCUUUGCUAGGCCGCCAAUUCGUUGCGGUCGGACCUCCAAAAGAAGUAACAACAAAGGAACAUCCAGAUAUGUACUUCCCUUUUUUCACCGCAAUACAAUUUUGUUUUUACGUUGGAUGGCUCAAAGUAGCCGAAGUGUUGAUUAAUCCCUUCGGCGAAGACGACGACGAUAUUGAAUUGAAUUGGCUCAUUGACAGACACAUCAAGGCUGCUUACAUGAUUGUCGAUGAAAUGCACGAGGAGCAUCCCGAAUUGUUAAAAGACCAGUACUGGGAUGAAGUGGUACCGAAAGAAUUACCAUAUACGGUGGCUUCAGAACACUAUCGAAGAGAGGAACCCAAAGGCUCAGCCGAAAUGUACAAAAUCAAGACCACAGAUGGGCUAUAUGCCAAUUUAUUGGCUCCCAAAAAAUCGCUGAUUCAUGACGACAUGUAUGCCGAUUACGAAAGUGUGGACACUCCGAUUGUGGAGAGAAGGAAAAGUUCCAAUUGGUUCACCCGUCAAAUUUCCAGGACCGGAAUGGGUUCAAUUCGUUCCGCCUCAACGGCUUAUUCUUCCGGAGGGUUGUUUGGUCGACAUCGGGGUAAUUCGGUUUAUGCCAACCCUGAAAAUGGGCAAUUACCGGGGGGCACCCCACCGCAAAAAAUGUCCAUUUACGAUCGAUUAGUUGGGCGAAAAUCGGGCCGGAAUCAGAAAAAACAAGGCUCAAGAUUCAGCGGCGCCGCCCCCAUGCAAGUCCGCAACCGCCCCCGCAUUCCCACCCCCGACGUGACCAAAGAAGUGGUCGACCGUGAGAACCGCAUGGCUGCCGCCAACGUGGCCAACAUCCAGAACCAGAUGUCGCACGGCAUCACCCUCAUGCCCCACCUCCAGACCGCCUACCCCACCUACCCCAGCGGCGACGGCCCCGUGGUCCAGGUGGUCCUCUCCCCCAUCCAGGAACUGGACGGCUCCAACUCCGUCAACAACACCCUCCACCCCCACCAGCCUGGCACCGCCGCCCUGGCCCAAGCCGUGCUAUCCCCAGGUCUGGGGCCAGUCCUGACCACAACCCCCGUCAGUGUACCCAUGACGGUGUCACAGCUGACGAGCUUGGGGUUGACUUCGGUGCAUAACAGCCCCCUGAUGGCUCGGAAUGAGCCGGAGGCGAAGAAAACGAGUUUUAUUUCCGUUUUUGAGGGAGAAAAAGGGGCGAAUCAGCCGCUGGUCUUGACGGAGUUGACCCCAGGGGAGGAGGAGGUGCAGUUGACGAGUCGGAGUAGUGACGUGUCGGAGGCGUCGUCGAGUGGCUCCAAGGAGAGUAAGAAUUCGACGGCGACGGCGUCCAUGGGGGCUGUGGCCGAGACGUCGCUAACGCCGUCGAAUGAUGGCUCCAGGAGUAGGAAAACGUCGGUGGUUUCGCAGAAUAAUGUUAAUAAUAAUUCGUCGAAAAGGGGCGAAGUGUAUGUGUGAAGGGGACUCCUGUUUGAGGGAUUGAAGCAUUGGGAGUGGACGGAAAUAUUGUUUCAGAGAUGUUGUAAAGAUGGGGGUUAAGUGAUUUAUUGGAUGAAAUUAACAAAGUAUAAAAAAAUUAAUAAGACAAAAAUUGAAACUUGGCAAAAAUGUUAUUUUGUGUGUAUCUCUUACACAUUUUCACAAAAAAUUUCAAUGAAAAAAAUAAAAGAAUACAAAGAUAAUUAAAAAAAAAAACAAAUUCUUGGAAAGGCUUAUUGAAGAAAAGUAUUCAAACGUUUCUGCAUUACACGUCUUUACAUAUAAUUCUGUAGAUAAUACAAAAUGACACAUUGUAAUUCAAACGUAAGUAAAUAACUAAAAAUUUUGGGUUAAUGGUAUGGGUGUCUGUAUUUUAUUUAAUUUUCUAAAAAAUUUAAAUUUCUAAAUAUCGAUUUUUUUAUAAAUUAAAGAUAUCAUUAGACAAAGAAAGAUAGAACCUGGUAAGAAAAAGAACUGAAAAACGCAAAUUCUUUAUUUGCUUUACAAAACUUCACAAUAUCAUGUGAUGGAUAUUUUUUUAUUGAUUUAAUGAUUUAUUAAAUAAAUGUGAGCAAUAUCAAAAACCUUCCACGGAAACAUUUUAUAAGGAAAAUAUCUGAAACACUAAAAAAAAUUAUAAUCUCUGAAAAGCGCCAAUUUUUCUUUGUUUUACACAACUUCACAAAAUAUGCAGAUGAUUAAUUUAUCGAUCGUAUUAUAGUUUGAACAAAAUAACAUAAUGUGAGAAAAAUUAUCCAAAAAAAAAUACAGAAAAGUGAUUGUAUUUUUCAGCUUUCCAUUUUACUUUGUCAGAUUCAUUAAAAUGCAAUAAAUAUAAGACAAACAAAAAAAAUGAAAGUCUAGGAAAAAUAAUAAAUAGUUGCCGAGAAGUUUAAUAAAACACUGAAAAAAGUGGUUUUUUUUCAAUUUCUUUACAUUUUUUCACUAGAUGUUUGUUACUUGUAUCGGUAACUUUAUAAAUAAAUUAUAAACAAACUGUAAAAAAAUUAAUAAGACAAAAAUUGAAACUUGGCAAAAAUGGUAUUUUGUGUGUUUCUCUCUUUUAAAUUAAUACAUACAAUGAAAAAAUUGAAAGAAUACAAAGAUAAAUCAACAAAAGAAACAAAUUCUUGGAAAGGCUUAUCGAACAAAAGUACUCAAAUGUUUCUGCAUUACACGUCUUUACAUAUAGUUCUGUAGACAAUACAAAAUGACACAAUGUAAUUCAAACGGAAGUAAAUAAAUAAAAAUUUUAGGAUAAUAAAUCUUCGAAAAAAUGGUAUGGGUGUCUGUAUUUAAUUUAAUUUUUUUACAAAUUUCUAGUUAAUUAUCGAUUAUAUUUAUAAAUUAAAGAUAUCAUUAGACAAACAAAGAUAGAACUUGGUAAGAAAAAAACAAAACUUCACAAUCUCAUGUGAUGGAUAUUUUUUAUUCAUUUAAUGAUUUAUUAAAUAAAUGUGAGCAAUAUCCAAAAUCUUUCACGGAAACAUCUUACAGGAAAAAUGCCUGAAACACUGAAAAAAAUUAUAAUCUCUGAAAAGCGUCAUUUUUUUUUAUUUAAACAACUUCACAAAAUAUGCAGGUGAUUGAUUUAUCGAUCGUAUUAUAGUUGGAAUAAAAUAUCAUAAUGUGAGAAAAAUUAUCCAAAAAAAAAUACAGAAAAGUGAUUGUAUUUUUCAGCUUUACCUUAUACUUUGUCAGAUUCAUUAAAAUGCAAUAAAUAUAAGACAAACAAAAAAAAUGAAAGUCUAGGAAAAAUAAUAAAUAGUUGCUGAGAAGUUUAAUGAAACACUGAAAAAAGUGAUUUUUGUAAUUUCUUUACAUUUUUUCACAAGAUGUUUGUUACCUGCAUUGGUAACUUUAAAAUCCUUGGAAUGCUAAAAACAACAAAAUCUACGAAAAAGACGUUCUUUUCUUAACAAAUUUUCACAAAACUUUCCGUGAUUUAUAGAUUAAGUAAAAGAAAAUCAAAAAAUUAUAAAAUUAAAAUGGAACUAAACCAAAAAUUCUUGGAAAAAUAAUAAAAUAUUGAAACACUAAAAGAUUUUGUCACUUUUUUAUUCUUCAGAUUAAACACAAUGCAAUUAGGAAAGAGAAACCAAACAAAACAAAAAUCAUGGAGGAAAAUAAAAUUGUAAAUUAAUUCUAAAAAAAUCGAAGAUGAAAAGAAAUGAAGAUGAAAAAUACAGAAACUUAAAAAAGUGCUUUUUGUCGUUCCCUUGAAAUCCUUGAACAUUCUCUGAAAAAAUUGAAAUCUUCUUACACAAUUUAUUGUGUGUAAUUAAAUGCAAAAAAAAUCGAUGAAAAAUGAACUUUUAACCAAAAAUUCUCGCGACAAAAAGUUAUUAGAACUUUUCAAAAAAAGGAGGAAUUCGAAAAACCAUAGAAAAAAGUCGGAAUUUAAUUAAAACUUUAAAAAUUUGAAGAAGAAGUUUUUUUUCUAAAAAUUAAUCAACACUUCUGAGCCAGAAUAAGGUGUUUUCAGUGUAUUUUAUCAAGGUUUUCUUGUUUUAAAGCAAAGAGUCGUCCGAAAUAAGGCGUUUUCAUCCAAACUGUAACAUAAUUCGUACUCUUAAGCCAGAAUAAGGCGUUUACAGUGUGUUUCAUUAAAGUUUUCUCGUUUCAAAGCAAAGAGUCGUCCGAAAUAAACCGUUUUCAUCCAGACUUUAAAAUAAUUCGUACUUUCAAGCCAGAAUAGGGCGUUUUCAGUGUGUUUUUUAACGUUUUUUUUCAUUUCGAAGCAAAAAGCCACUCGAAAUAAGCUGUUUUCAUCCAAACUGUAACAUAAUUCGUACUCUUAAGCCAGAAUAAGGCGUUUUCAGUGUGUUUCAUUAAAAUUUUCUCGUUUCAAAGCAAAAAGUCGUCCGAAAUAAGUUGUUUUCAUCCAAACUUUAAUAUAAUUCGUACUUUUAAACCAAAAUAAGGCGUUUUCAGUGUGUUUCAUUAAUUUUUUUUUCAUUUCGAAGCAAAGAGUCACGCGAAAUAAGCCGUUUUCAUCCAAACUGUAACAUAAUUCGUACUCUUAAGCCAGAAUAAUGUGUUUUCAGUGUAUUUUAUAAAGGUUUUCUUGUUUUGAAGCAAAAAGUCGUCCGAAAUAAUCCGUUUUCAUUCAAACUGCAACAUAAUUCGUACUUUUAAGCCAGAAUAAGGCGUUUUCAGUAUAUUUUAUUAAAGUUUUCUCGUUUAGAAUUAAAGAGUCGUCCGAAAUAAGCCGUAUUUAAACUAAAUCUUUAUCAUAUGAGUGCCGAAAAAUCGAAGUUUUAUUAAGGUUUUUUUUUUCACUAACUAUUUGGUUAGGUAUUUGCGGAAAAGCAAAUUUUGAGUUAAUUACAUAAAGAUAAAACAAAACAAUAUAAUUCAGACCAAAUGAGGAAUUCAGAAACGACAAAAGUAGGUAAAUUUAGAAAAUAAGGACAAAAUUUACCUCAAAAGUUAAAAGUUAAAAAAAUUAAAAACAAAAAAAUUUGAAUUGUGAAGUCUGCCAAGAACUAACAAAGAGCAAAGUUAAAAUCAGUGAGAUUCUAAUUUGUUGAAAAAGUAAUAAUAUAAGAAUUAUGAAACGAUAAAUCACUUAACCACUCACUGAUUGGUUUGUGAUUGAGGAACCUCAAAAAUAGGAAAUUGCCCAAUUUAGUGGAGCUGUAUAAACUUUUCACUAAAUCUGGGUCUUUUUGUGAUACAGUGCUAGUGUGAUAAGAAUGAGAAAUGGUAGUUAGAAUAAUGUACUUAAUUAAUUUUGAAUAAUAGUGAAGCCAAGCCAUUUUUAAAGUUUAUGUGAUCAUAAAUUAUAAAUUAAUUUAGUUGUUUUCAUUCUCCUAUGAAUUUUAUUGGAAUUGAAUCGUCCGUUGUUAGGUACAAUAACAAAUUACUCGUAGGUAGAGUAGUACAUAACGAAAUGUAACAAAUUAGUUAUUAGUGGGAUUUUGUAUUUUUUUAAAGCGUGAUUGUUGAGAUUGCCAUAAUCACCAGUUGGUUUUUAUGAGGAUUGAUUUUACAGUUAUUUUGUGUACAUAUUUUAUUUAUUCACUGUUUCAGUUUCAGUGACAAGUUUCAACAUAAUUAUUGCUUCAGUGAAGAUAAUGAUAAGUUUUACUAAAGUAGAUUGUAGUAGAAUAGUGAGAAGCGCUGGUUUAGUAGUUGAAUAAAGGGAUUUGUAAUAGAAA